CCUCCGGAGUCGCCUCUGCCCACGAAUGGGCUGGGGAAGUUGGGAGGAAGGAGCCGGAGCCCGCGCCUGGCGAGCCCCGCCGCUGCCUAACUCGGCGCCCGCAAUUCGGGCGCAGCGCGCCGGCCGCAGAAGUGCGGAUGCCCCCGGGAGCCUCGGGCAGGCAGGUCUCGGGUCCUGAGGCUGCUGUCGGACUAUGGGUACAACGGCCAGCACCGCCCAGCAGACGGUCUCGGCGGGCGCCCCCUUCGAGGGCCUCCAGGGCAGUGGCAUGAUGGAUGGUCAGCACUCAGUUAGCGUCCACUCCUUCCAGACCACGGGCUUGCACAACAGCAAGGCCAAGUCCAUCAUCCCCAACAAGGUGGCUCCCGUCGUGAUCACGUACAACUGCAAGGAAGAGUUUCAGAUCCAUGAUGAGCUGCUCAAGGCCCAUUACACGCUGGGCCGGCUCUCGGCUGCUACCCCGGAGCACUACCUGGUGCAGGGCCGCUACUUCAUGGUGCGAGAUGUUGCUGACAAGAUGGACGUGCUGGGCACUGUGGGAAGCUGUGGAGCCCCCAACUUCCGACAGGUUCGGGGCGGGCUUCCUGUGUUUGGCAUGGGACAGCCCAGUCUCUUGGGUUUUGGGCAAGUCCUCCAGACACUGCGGAAGGACGGGCACAGGGAGUGCAUCACCCUCUGUGUGCGGGAGGAGCCCGUGCUAUUUCUGCGUGCUGGUGAGGACUUCAUGCCUUACACCCCUCGAGACAAGCAGAACCUUCACGACAACCUGCAGGGCCUCGGACCCAACGUCCAGGCAGAGAGCUUGGAGCUGGCCAUCCGGAAAGAGGUGAGGAUUCACGACUUUGCCCAGCUGAGCAAAGACACAUACCACGUGUACUACAACCCCGAGGACCUGCGGGGGGAGCCCCAUGCCAUGGCCAUCCGGGGCGAGGACGACGUGCGUGUGACUGAGGAGGUGUACAAGCGGCCCCUCUUCCUGCAGCCCGCCUACAGGUACCAUCGCCUACCUCUGCCAGAGCAAGGGGCCCCGCUGGAAGCCCAGUUUGAUGCCUUUGUCAGUGUGGUCCGGGAAACCCCCAGCCUGCUGCUGCUCCGAGAUGCCCCUGGGCCUCCCCCUGCCCUCCUCUUCAGCUGCCAGACGGGCGUGGGCAGGACCAACCUAGGCAUGGUCCUGGGCACCCUUGUUCUGUUCCACCGCAAUGGGCCAGCCUCACAGCCAGAGGCUGCCUCCCCGCAGACCAAGUCCCUCCCCAUGGAGCAGUUCCAGGUCAUCCAGAGCUUUCUCCGCAUGGUGCCCCAGGGAAGGAAGAUGGUAGAGGAGCUGGACAGAGCCAUCACUGCCUGUGCAGAGUUGCACGACCUGAAGGAAGUGGUCUUGGAAAACCAGAAGAAACUGGAAGACAUCCAGCUUGAGAGCCCAGCCCAGGGAAGCAGCAGCCAGCACAGUCUCCGGCAGAAGACGCUGCAGAGCCUGGAGCGAUACUUCUACCUGAUCCUAUUUAACUACUAUCUCCAUGAGCAGUACCCGCUGGCCUUUGCCCUCAGUUUCAGCCGCUGGCUGUGUGCCCACUCGGAGCUGUACCGCCUGCCGCUGACGCUGAGCUCCGUGGGGCCCUUGGCCCCCAGGGACCUGAUCGCCAAGGGCUCUCUGGGGGUGGACGAUCUUAUCUCCCCGGAUACGCUCAGCACCGUCAGAGAGAUGGAUGUGGCCAACUUCCGGCGGGUGCCCCGCGUGCCCAUCUAUGGCACAGCCCAGCCCAGUGCCAAGGCCCUGGGAAGCAUCCUGGCCUACCUGACUGAUACCAAGAGGAAGCUGCGGCAGGUCGUCUGGGUCAGCCUGAGGGAGGAGGCCGUGCUGGAGUGUGAUGGACAGACCCACAGCCUGCGGUGGCCUGGGCCCUCCUUGGCCCCUGAUCAGCUGGAGAACUUGGAGACCCAGCUGAAGGCCCACCUGAGUGUGCCUGAGGAGGGCGCGGAGGGCUCGUGGACCCCCAGGUUCCAGACGUGCCUCACCACGCAGGAGGUUUUCAUCCGGCAGCGUGGGGCCUGCCCCGGCCUCACCUACCACCGCAUCCCCAUCCCAGACUUCUGCGCCCCCCGAGAGGAGGACUUUGACCGGCUGCUUGAGGCCCUGCGGGCUGCUCUCGCCAAGGACCCGGGCACUGGCUUCGUGUUCAGCUGCCUCAGCGGCCAGGGCCGUACCACAACCGCGAUGGUGGUGGCUGUGCUAGCCUUCUGGCACAUCCGGGGCUUUCCUGAGAUGAGCGAGGAGGAGCUCGUAAGUGUGCCAGAUGCUAAGUUCACCAAAGGCGAGUUUGAGGUGGUGCUGAAGGUGGUGCAGCUGCUGCCCGACGGGCACCGAGUGAAGAAGGAGGUGGAUGCAGCGCUGGACACAGUCAGCGAGACCAUGACACCCAUGCACUACCACCUGCGGGAAAUCAUCAUUUGCACCUACCGCCAGGCGAAGGCAGCCAAGGAGGAGCAGGAGGCACGGAAGCUGCAGCUGAGGAGCCUACAGUACCUGGAGCGCUACGUCUACCUGAUUCUCUUCAAUGCUUACCUCCACCUGGAGAAGACCAACUCCUGGCAGAGGCCCUUCAGCACCUGGAUGCGGGAGGUGGCCUCAAAGGCUGGUAUCUACGAGAUCCUCAACCAGCUGGGCUUCCCUGAGCUCGAGGACACGGAGGGCCAGCCCUUCUCGAAGCUCCGCUACAGGUGGCAGGAGUGGAGCCGAAGCACCGAGCCCCCUGCUGGGGAUUCCUCGUAGGGGGGCACUCCUCCCUGUCCCCAUCCUCUCUCAAGCCCCCACGCUUGCUUGCCAAGAGCCCCAGGUGCUUUUCCCUAGGAGUGGCUUCCAGGGGUCCCAACCUUGAGGAAAAGAUUUCCCAGCUUCCUGGAGAGAAAGUGGGGUAGAGUUGGGACCCCUGUUUUGAAAGAGCUUUUUGUAGGGACAUUUACUGCACACAGUCGUGCCUUGUAAAUGACAGGAGCAUGUGGGUGGCCCUCCAGGAUGGCCAGGUGUGUGCACUGGCAGAGAGCUGGGCACUCAGCCCCAAGGAGCUCACUCCUUGAAUUUCCCCCAGAGUUACCUGCUACUUCUGUCCCCUCCUAGCACCUCUGAGAACAACACAGUACAGGCACUGGCCAGUGUGAGCCCCCUUCCCUUUCUGUCUCGUGCCUCACUCCCCGUUUGCCGCUCUGUUUUGCUGCCUGAGCACUGCCCUGGGCAGGUGGUGGGGAGUCCCUGGCUACCUGGGGGUGGGGGCGCUCUAGGCGGGUUUAUUGCUUUAAAGGCAGCUUCACACAGCCUCCUUGCUUCUCAUGCUGCACCUCCAACCUGGGAGACUUCCGGGACAGCCAUGUGGCCGUUGGGGCUGGCCGGGGCCCUUGCUGCUUCUUCUUCCUUUUCCCUCUCCCUUCCCCCUGGAGCUCGCUGGCUGGACUGGGGAGGUUUCCUGAGGGAACUGGAAACGUGCAGGGGAAGGAAAGAGCCUCUGGAAGGCGGAUAGAGCACUGUGGAAGAGGCCUGCUCGAUUUGCCUGGGAGCCUGGGUGAGGUGCUGAGGAAGCCAGAGCCUCCAGCCGCAGUUCUGCCUGUGCCUCCUCCCUGUCCCAACAGCCUGGGAUGGCCCUCGCCCCCACCUGCGGCAGGAGCCCCAGAGAUUGCUGAGCUCAAGUGUAAUCAGUGGGGUGGCCCUGAGUGAAUAGUAGAGUGUGUGAGGGUGGGCUCGGGAGAGAGAGAGGGAGUCGCCUAAAUUCCAGGCCAUCCCUCCUGAGAACCACUGAGCAGCCUCCAGUGGGAGCAGAAAGGGCCAGGCCCUGCUGAGCUAGAGGCUGUCAUGGUCCACUGCCCCGUCAGUGGGGAGACUGCUGCUGCCUCGGAGUGGAGCCUGGCAGCUUCUCUGUCAGGGACUGGUGCUGGCUGACAUACAGGAGUUGAGCAGCCAGUGGGCUGUCCACCUGGCCUGGGCUCAUCAAGGCCAGGGAAGCUUCUCUUUGGCCUUACGGGCUUCUGCAGAAAAACGGAGGUGUCAUUAGUUUGAAAAGGCUGAAGUUCACAUCAACCCCCUUUUGGGAAAUAUUUGACCAUCUUGGCUGAAUUCUUUUUGCGAAACUACUGUAUGUUCACUACCUUUUCAGAUUUGUUGUUGUUUUUGCAUGUAUUAAAGAGUUUUAAUUCUUUACAGACAAGGUCUUGAUGAGGGGUCAGAGAGCAGGGCUGAAGUGUGAGGGAUCUUAGUGUUCUCACGAUUAGCCUUGACUUUCUGCUGUGCUGGGACCAAUGGCCGGUCACUUCACCUCUCUGCCUCAGUUUCCCCAUCUGUAAAAUGGGAGACUAAUACUUGCCUACCUCACAGGGGUGUUGUGAGGAUUCGUUUGUGAUUUUCUUUUUUUUUUUGUACAGAGCUUUUGAGCAUUAAAAACGGCUAAAUGUGAAACAUGCCUGGUUGUUGAUUUGUCUUUAGCACGGGGGGAGAGGUUAUAGACCUGACAUAAGCUGGGGUCCCUGCUCUUUCAGAGUAAGAAGGGGUGGGCAAAGUGAGUCAAAAACACUUAUUUGGGACAAGACCUCCAUUCUCAGAGAAGGUGGGAUUUUCCAGACACUGCUUUCUUCCCCUCAGAUCCUCAGUAGGGCCUUCCCCUAUGUCAUGCUGAGGCCCUCCUUGAAGAAAGCAACAUAAUUCACACUGAGGUGUGAGGGACUGAUGUAGCACCACCUUAGAGAAAGAGACUGACCUGGGACUUCAGAAGCUGUAAAAGAGACUGAAGUUCAGCCUCUACUUCCUUUCCCUCACACCGUGGCCCUGCUGGGCCCCUGCAGCUGCCAUGGCUGAGCUCGCUUGAAGCGCUGAGAGAUUAGUGUGUAAAGAGCCAGUGGGGAGAGUGAGGCAGAGAGAGCACCGCCCCAGUGCUUCUCCCCAAGCACCUCCAGGGAAUUAGGGGGACAAGGCCCUCUGGGUUGUAGUUCCAGGGCCAGCUAGGGGUGGUCAGAAUGGGACCCAGAGCCUCCACUGCCCAUUGGGGUAGUAAUCUCUGGCCUG